GGUUGACGCAAAAACCCAAAAUGACGGAGCUCUCCAAUGGAGCGAGCACUAAAGGCCUGCAGGAUGAGGACAGGGAUUUCGAGCCCACUGCAGACAUGAUGGUCCAUGACUUCGAUGAUGAGCAGACGUUGGAGGAGGAGGAGAUGCAGCAAGGAGAGACCAACUUUAAUGAUGAGAUCGACGACCUCACUCGAGAAGGAGAGAUGCCCCUUCAUGAGCUGUUAAAGAUGUAUGGGUAUGGUGCAGCAGACUCGGCUGAUUCAGAAGACGAGCAGGAAGUUUCAGAAAACGAUCAGAGCUGCAGUUCUCACGCCAACGUUAAGACAAACAAGGACAGAGAGGACGAGGACCGGAGGUCGUCCAACGAGGAGUCUCCCGACCAUAACAAGUCACACGGCACCGCUCAGCUCAUCUGCUUCGAACCGGGCAGCUCUUUUGAUGGUGAUGCUGAUGAGUCUGAUGAUGAAGAUUAUAUUCCAUGUGAAGAGUGGAAGAAGGAAGUGAAGGUUGGGCCGAUGUACCAGGCCGAGACACCGACAGAGCUGUGCGAGUAUAAAGAGGAUGAAAAAGUAUACGAGAACGAGGACCAGCUUCUGUGGAACCCGGAGUUGCUGCCAGAAAAGGAGGUGGUAGAAUUUUUAGCCGAAGCUUCCAAGCGGGUCGGAGAUCAGACCGGAGCGCCUGCUGUCCCUGAGGUGCCUCUUAUUAAAGACAACGAGGAGGCUCUCUACGAGUUGAUCAAAUGCAAUUAUAACAAAGAAGAAGCUUUAAAAAAACUAAAGUUUCACCCCAAACCUGUUAAAGAUGAGCUGCCAGUGUGGACUGAGGAGGAAAGACCGGAAUACGAGCAGGAGGAAGGAAUUUAUGCGAAUACAAAAGUCGAUAAGAUAAAACUCUGGAGGAGAGAACCUCAUCCUGCUGUCACGGACUCCACAGAGCAGAUGUCGGCUAAGUUCAGCCAAGUAGCGACUGUUCCUACAUCAGCUUUCAACCGCACCAGCCGCCAGUCGGACAGUGAAGCCAGCAGCACGACACACAGCGAUGCAGAUUCCUAUUCUGUCGUUCCAGCGUCCUCUUGCGGCUCGGACGCACAGGCUCACUCCAGCCCUCGUCCCGACAGCAGCAGCCCCAACCUGGAUGCGGUUAAACGACAGAGAGAGGACGAGGAAGAUGCAGAGAGAGCAGUAAAAAAGGCGAAGGUGGAGUUUCUUACAGCGGCGGCAGCAGCAGCAGUGUAACUCGUUUAAAAAAAAGACUACAGAAGUUGCAGACAUAUUGAAUUGAAAUUUCAGGGAUUUAUUUGAAGAAAUCAGUGCUCUUAGAAUGCCGAUUUAAUUCCCACCCCAAAGCAGCAUGCUUUUCUCUAAGAGCUUUGUUCACUUCAGAUGAGCAGCCGAUGUGGACUGAGGAGGAAGGGCUUGGAUUUGAUGGGAACACGCAGGCCGAUAGGGUGACUUUGUAAAGCUUUGUAUUGCUGGUAAACAGUGAUGUAAAUUGAGUGUGGCACGUUGGCACAGCAGCUCCAGGUUGAUCCUGAGUUCAGGUUUGGUGGGGAUCUGGUUUCAUUACACCUUCCAAAAAAACAUGCCAGUAGAUGAACCAAGGCAAAUUAUCAUUCGCUUAUUUUUAUUCUUCUUUUUUUUUUUUUAUAGCUUUUCUGGCCCAAUACAGUAAAAAUAAUUUGAUAUAAAGUAGACAUUAAAUAUUUUAACUUUCUUUCUUUGUGAUAACUAGGCAUGACAAAAAGACUUUACAGUACAGUGUUUGGACUGAAACCUUUAGUUAAAUUUGGUUAGGUUUUUGGUUUGGCACUAAAACAGGAAAUGAAAUAUUAUUCAGUUAUGUUCAAGUCUGAACCUGACGUUUAUUUCAACAUAAUUAGACUUUCACUUCUUGUUUUUAAAUACUAAACCAGUCCAGUAAAAAUCUUGAUCUGUUUGCUAAAUUUUUGUACAUUAAAGCUUAAAUUAUUAUUCAUUCUUUGUACAACAGAUAAAACUCUGGAGAGAGGACCCAAACUUUACAAACAAUUUUUUUACGCAGCCCAAAAUUAAUUUAAUACAUUUGCAUAAAUUUGUCAAUCAAUUCUAGACAGAUAGUCUAAUAAUUUCUGUUAGUGAUCUCAGUGGUGAGUGAUCUCAAACAGUUUUAACAGAGAUAUUCGAUCCCUAGUUGCUUUUAUUGUUCCUUCACAAUACGAUAUUUUUUGAUAUCGUAAUAAAUCUAAAAAAUAAUAAUGAAAAAAAUAAAAAAAUAAACCCCUCCACUAUUACCCAAAAUUCUGACAUGUUCCUCUACAAGCUAUUGGGCACUGUUUCUUCCUGUUUCAUAUAAUUCCAAAAAAAAAGUUCUUUGUAAGAAAAUUUGUGCUUAUUUUUGUAUUCAAUAGCUAUUUAUAUUUUGUAUAUGGUUCUGGUUGAGCACAUGCUAUCAAGUGGAAAUGACUUUAAGACUGAAUAUUUAUUUCUAAUACACCCUCUCUCUCUGUACCUGUGUGAACAUUGUUACUCUAUCAGUUCAGUCUUACUCUGUUUUCUAAAGUUUCUACACCCAUUCCAUGUCUGAAGGAUGUUAUUUAAAAUAUUUUGUUUUUAUGUCGUAAGUAAGUGAUCUUAACUAUUUCACCAUACUUUGACUAAAUAAAAGUUUUCUUUUUUUAUUACCAAAAAAACACUUUUUCAUUAUUUGUUAUUUCAUUUUAUGCGUGUACAUUUUUUAAAUAAUAAAGUUCUUAAUCAUGUCUCUUUAA